AUAGGCCCCCGGGGCAAAAUAAAUAAGAGUAUCUGGUGGUGCCGGUGGGGGCGUGCAACACACUAGCACUAGGCGAGGUUAGGAAAAAUGCCGGCAAAACAAUACACAAAAGUACUGUCAACUGUCAACACCGUAAAACUUAAGUACUUCCAUUUUUCAUUAUGGGAAAUGAUUGUGAAAUUUUCAGAAUAAACAAGCAAUUAUGCGAUUUUUCGAAGGAUGGUAGAUUUUUCGCCUUAGCUCAUCAUGAUAAAUUAAUCAUCAAAAAUGCCACUACUCUUGAUAUUUGUCUGACUUUUGAUUUCAAAUAUACCAUCGAGGGUUUCGAAUGGUCUCCAAGAAGUGAUUAUGUGCUUUGCUACAAUAUCAAAGAUUGUUACGUGCAAAUAUUCUCCAUUUAUUACCCCGAUUGGGAAUUCAAACUAACUGAAGGUAGUUCAGGCUUGGAGAAUGUUAUAUGGGCACCGGACAACAAACAUAUUAUUACUGUGUCUAACUUUAAAAUUCAAAUUUCCAUUUGGUGUUUAGAAAGUCACAGUGUUACUUACAUACAAAAUUUAAAGUCCAGUGUUUCUAAUGGUAUUCAAUUCAGUCCAAAUGGAAAGUAUUUAGCACUCAUCGUUAAUGGUCAAGGUCAUGAUGAUGUUGAUGUGUACAGAACUAAAGAUUGGCUGCUCAGCAGAAAAUUAAUAUGCAAAGGGCUUAGUUCUGUAGAUGGUUUUGCUUGGUCACCCAGUAGUGAGCUUGUAAGCAUAUGGUGCAAAAUUAGUGGACUUGCCAAACUCAUAAUUUAUUCCAUUGCUAAUGAGAAUUAUGAGGGUAUUUUUCAACCUCUUGAUAAUGUGUACAAUUCAACUUUAGAUGAAUUAUCAAAAAAAAAGUUUAACGAAGAAUUGAGAGGAUUAGAGACUGUUAACUGGAUGCCAAAUGGACAAUUUCUUGCUGUGUCUGGUCACAAUGAAACAGUUAUUCUUCUUAGUUAUAUUACUUGGAAACCUUUGCUAAACAUAAGAUUGAAACCAGUUAUUAAAGAGAGUGAUUAUUUGAUAAGAGUUUUCAAGGAAAUCAUCAAGGUAGAUCUCAAAACAACAAGUAAUAAAAUGUUGAAAGGAAACAAUACAAUUUUUAUUGAUAGUGGUAGUCGUUAUAUUGAAGAAGUAAGUAACCGUCCAGUUAAUAUUCCAAUUGAUGAAAAUGAAAACUCAUUAGGAGUGAGUGCCUAUUCGUCUCCAAUCAAAAUAAUGGAUAUUUUAGAAUUUAGUUUUUGUGCUCGAUAUUUAGCCAUAAGGAAUAGAAAUUAUUUACGGACACUGUGGAUUUGGGAUAUAAGAACAAAUGCUGUUGACGUAUUGAUAUUAAAAAACAUAAUUUCUAGUGUAAAAUGGAAUCCAGUUGAUCCUAAAUUGAUCAUUUUUACAGACAGUGCUUGUAUGUUUGAAUGGAACUCUGAUAAUACAAACUGCUUAAAUACUCCCAAAGGAAUGACAAUGGUUGACGCUAGGUUUCACCCUUCCGGUAAUUCAGCUAUCUUAUGUGGAUAUAAUCGAGCAGUUAUUUAUAAAUUUGAUCAAGAAACUUGAACCAUUAGCUCGACGAUUAUGUAUUUACAUUCAUAUGAAAAAAAAUUUAUGAUCAGUUUGGUUUGCAAAAUACAAUUACAAAAAUUUUAUUCUUUAAUAAAUCAA